GCGUCAUGUCGUUUCACUGAGCAAGAUAGUCGUAUGAUCGUGCAAUGAGAUAGCCUUGCCACUGGAAAUAUCAAAACUUCAGUGUCGCUACCCUGACAAGUCGAGACCAAAGUUGCGAUCACCAGUACCCCACCAUGAACCAUUCCGAAGGACUUUGGCCUCGAACGAAGAAGCAGCCUUGUACCGAUGCAGGUACCGCAGCAGUCCCGGGCUAUGCGCAGUCGCCAACCACCUUCUUCUUGCGAAGCGAACGGGACAUGAAAAAGGCCGAGGCCGAAGAAAGUGACACGCAGGAGGACCAGGACAACAACUACGGUGUCCAGAGCUUAGAUGAAACACUUGAAGCUGCUUUUGCCCCCAGGUCACCAGAGCUGUCCUCCUCUCCCUCCAUCACUGCGUCUGGCAAGAAGAGGAAGCUUGGAAACCCGGUUCACCCAAAGAUCGCUGCAGCUGCUCAGCGCAUCAUCUCAUCUGAGGAACGCUCUUCGUCGCGGAAGUCGUCGAUAUCAUCUCAUGUCCCUCGGCCUUUGACGCCGUCACCGACUCGCCGGCACAUCAGGAGUGAGUCUCUGACUUCCUUGGGCCGUUCCUUUACGCCUCUUCGCACCAGCGACACCAGUACUCCACAAUCGCCCAGUGUCAAAAGCGUACGCCUCUCGGACGAAGAAGGAAGUAUCAUCGACGAUACUGCUAGUCAGGCGUUGCACUCUUCAAGUGAGGACGAAGAUGUGUUUGCCGACGACACGCUCGUUGAGCCCGUUUCUGCAACACUUCCUCAAAGCAGCAUCCCUCAACUGAUCAUGCCCAGUAUAUCGAUGCCCGCGCGUCGUCCAUUCACUGAAAGAGGCAAGCGUAUACCAAGACUGAGGAUAAUGGUCGCUGGACCUUCUGGUAUAGGCAAAACAAGUUUAAUAAAGAGUAUCGUCCAAGUAUGCGAGGACAUUGUUCAUGUCGACCCUGUUGUGACGGUCGAUCAAUCUCCUGCUGCGACCACACACACGCACGAGAUACAUGAAACUCAUGCCUCGACCAAAUCAUAUCCCGCAUGGUGGUCGGAAAUAGAGCAAGGUCGUGGUCUGAGACGGCGGAAGAGUAUGGGCGACUCGAUCCUCGAACGCAAUGUUUGCUUGGUCGAUACCCCUGGCUGGGUGUUGAGUGGCGCGAGCGGCCAGGAAGACAUGAUCAAAACGAUCGACACAAUCUACGAGCAUCUAGAAGCUUCAGUACGUAGGACUACCAUGACAGGGGAACUGAGUGAUAUGGAUCUUCUCAGCGUCCUGAGUGGUAGCGGAGGGUUCCAGAUCGAUGCCCUUCUCUACAUCUUCCACCCAACAUCUCACCAAACGAGUUCCGCAGAGAUCGAAAUCCUUCGACGUCUCUCGUCACUCACCAAUAUAGUGCCUAUCAUUGGCAGAGCCGAUACUUGCACAGGUGACAAUCUAAAAGAUGCAAAGACAGCUAUUCGAACAAGCCUCGAGGCCUCGGGGGUCAGGACAUUCACCUUCCAGACAACAGACGCUGGAGAUGCUCUAGUGCAGUCACCCUUUGCAGUGUCUUCCAUGUCGAGUGAAGAUGAUGAGACUAUGGAUGCGAGUGUGCUAAUGUCCUCUGAGUAUGUGCAGCCUCUUGUCUCGAGCGAUCUUACUCAGCUGGUAGAACGGCUGUUUGACCCCGACAAUGCUCAAUGGUUACGCCACUGUGCUGUCAAAAAGUGCAUUCAAUGGCGACGAGAGUACUUGAAGACUUCAUUCGAUUCGCACAAACGCGAGCUUCGUGAGCUUGCUAUUGAGAGACUUGGCUGCCUGCAACCCGACGGGCACGACGCGGCACCAUCGUCAAUCUCUUCAGUGCUCUCGUCACCAUCGGGUUACCUGAUGCCUCAGACUACCACUCCUAGCCAGCGAGGGUCGUCACCCACUCCCUUCAGACUUGUGCCUGCAGCAGCUUUAGGCACAACCUCCCAGUACGACUUCGGUCGCCGUAUGGACCCUCGGAACCUUGACAGAACAGACACGCAGCUACCCGAAUGGGCACAUCACUUGAAGAUUGCGCUGGACAUGGAAUACCAAGAAAGGAAGCAACCGACUACGGGCGUUCACGAUCGACACAAUGCUACUUCGGCUUUGGUCAAAUCUGGCCAUCAAAGGUCAUCAAGCAAUAGAGCCAGUGAGCUCGAUGGUCUUAACCAUAAAGACCCACUGGGUUUGCUUGCACUGGGCCAAAGAUUCAACAUUAGUGGAUGGACCAUGCUGCAGGUGGUUGGAGGGUGUGGUGCUGUUGCCACAAUGCUAUUAUGGGCAGCCAGGAAUUGGUUGACUGCAUCAGAAGCUGUAGGCUUGAGCGUACCAAGCGCUCAUGUUCCCGCAUAUGAAGUGGUAUCAGCCAGAGACAAUAGCAGGGCUCCCUUGGAUCUUUUCAAAGCUUUCCUGACAGGGGGGAAAUGGUAGUAAGUCAGGCAAGGAGAGAUGUUACGAUAGACGAGUGAACGAGUCAAGACCUUAUCAAUCUGGUGCAACAUGAUUUCUUGGGUGCCACUAACUUGCGGAAUGUGUGGUUCGUGUACUCUCCUU